AAUAAUUAGCACGCAUUAUUUUACGCUUAAGACCAUCGAUUUAUAUGAGGUUUUCACUUUUAUUCGUUUUGAGAAAUUCGACCAACAAGCAUUUCUUUUUUAAUGAAUUUUCACACAAAAAUAUUAUACAAAAAUUUUUGUCGAAGGCUGAAAAUGCGUUUUUUUCUAAAUUAAAAAAUAAAGACGUUAAAACGUAUUUUGAUUUCUUGCAUGUGGUAAAAAAGACGGUAAAUCAGAGAAACGUUUGACAUUGCUUUACUCAACCUGAGAAGUGGUGAAAUUUCAAAAGCGCUGAGGAGAUAGAAGUAGUUUCAGCAGAACACGAGAAAGUCACGAGGUAUAAAUCCCUCUUAAAGUAAUCGCGAAUCUUUCCUCGGGAUAUAUAGGCUGUUUAUGAAAAUUACACCAAUUUUUAUUUAGGCGGUGCUCAAUCUUAUUCAAAAUAUAUUUGAAUGUUUCGUGACUCAUUCGGGUGUAUUGAAAGGGCUUUUCGUCAUAUUUUUUAAUUUUAAAAAUAAGUGAUGAUAUUCACCAUAUCUAAAUUUCAAACGAUUUAUUGGAUGAAUACCGACUUUACUGAAUCUAGAGCAAUCAUAUCAUCAGAUGACAACAACGACAUUUUCACGCUCAAUGUUUCGAACAGAACUACCAGUUUUAUCCGGCAACUACUCUGUCCUCCAUAGGCGCGAGAAACCGGAAACUAUCGGAGCCGACCGCCGGUAAGCGGUUUACCCGCUUUUACUCUGCAGCUACACUAGUUCUUUCAAGCCGGUUGACCUGCUCAGACUGUGUUGUGAAAAUGGAUAUCGACGCUCUCAUUGCCGAAGUGUACAAAAGGAGUGCAAUAUGGAAUAAAAAUCAUAAGUUGCAUAGUAACCGAAAUAUAGUGGACAAAUGUUGGAGAGAAAUUAGUUUGGAAAUGAAUGAAGAUGGGAACAAAUUGAGAAAGAAAUGGAAAUACCUUCGCGACCAAUUUUCGGUCGAGUUGGGGAAAUGCCCUAUUUUACGUUCAGGAGACGCUCCAGAAGAUGAACUGUCAUCUAAAUGGACCUAUUUCACGCAACUUCUGUUUUUGAAGGAUGUAGUGAAACCAAGAGCUUCCAGUGGAAAUUUAUCUGCUGCACUGCAACUUCACCAGCGUGAAUAUGGAGAUGAUGCUAGUCAAUCCUUUACUAGAUGUGAUGUUAGCAACGAAAAUGAAUAUUUUGAUGAAAUUCCUCAAGGUUCGGAUCGAAAUGAGAUUGGUAGCACGUUUAGUUUCAAAAAUAAUAAGGAACAAGAUACAGAAAAUAUAAGAGCUGAUUGUGACAAUGAAAAUGCUAGCACUCUUUCUCCAGCAAGUACCGGGACUGAGAAACCUGUGGCGAAGAGGAGACGCACCUUGAUGAAUGACGAAUUCAACACUUCCCUGUUGGAUAUUGAAAAACGUAAGCUGGAAUACCUUGAGGCAAAAUCAAGAAGACAAAGCUACGAAGAAGAUGAACAUCUCUUGUUCUUCAAAAGUCUUUUACCUUAUGUGAGAAAAAUUCCAGAGUCACGAAUAUUAGCAUUCAGAUGUCGUGUUCAAGAAUUGGUAGAUGAUUCGAUUUAUUACGGACCAGAAGCAAAUUCAUUCCCAAAUAUUUCAAAAUGUUCAAAUUCUCCGAGCUAGAAUAUGCUUCCAGAAAACCGGCAAUUACGUAGAACUAUAAAUGUUGACAUUGAAGUGUUUUGUUGUAUUAGUUGUGUAUGUAUUUGCGUUAUUAAAAUUUGAUUUUACAAUAAAUAUAAAAACUUUUCAGACUUCUA